AAAUGCCGAUCUGGAUCCACCUGGCUCGAGUUGCGAGCAAUUCGCAGAACAAGAACGCGCAAUCACAUCCGCGGAGGACGCACAGGCGCGUUAAUCUGCAAUCAGGAGCGUUUCUUUGGUCGAUUGGUUGAUCUCGACCGGUAGGAGAAGCGAUGGCGGACGACGCGUUCAACCUCCCUGGCGCCGGCGAUGAGGAGGAGGAGGUGAUGGGGGGCCUUGAUGAGGACGAGGCCAUGAAGGACCUCGACGCCGGGGAGGGUGAGGACGAGGACUUUGACUUCCCGGGGACCAUGAAGGUCGGGGAGGAGAAGGAGAUCGGGAAGCAGGGGCUCAAGAAGAAGCUCGUCAAGGAGGGCGAGGGGUGGGACCGCCCCGAGACCGGCGACGAGGUCGAAGUGCAUUACACUGGCAGCCUUCUCGAUGGAACGAAGUUCGAUUCCAGCCGUGACCGUGGAACCCCCUUCAAAUUCAAGCUUGGACAAGGGCAAGUGAUAAAGGGAUGGGAUCUGGGAAUCAAGACCAUGAAGAAGGGAGAGAACGCAGUCUUCACUAUCCCGCCAGAGCUCGCCUAUGGUGAGACUGGCUCGCCGCCGACCAUCCCACCGAACGCGACGCUUCAGUUCGAUGUUGAGCUCCUUUCAUGGGCUAGCGUCAAGGACAUUUGCAAGGACGGUGGCAUCUUCAAGAAGAUAGUUAAGGAAGGGGAGAAAUGGGAGAACCCCAAGGACCUUGAUGAAGUUUUCGUUAAGUAUGAGGCGAGGCUUGAGGAUGGAACUGUUGUCUCCAAAUCUGAUGGUGUUGAAUUUGCUGUCAAAGAUGGUUACUUCUGCCCUGCACUUGCCAAGGCUGUGAAGACUAUGAAGAAGGGCGAGAAAGUCCUCCUCACAGUCAAGCCACAAUAUGGCUUUGGGGAACAAGGAAGACCUGCUUCUGGAGAUGAAAGUGCUGUGCCCCCCAAUGCUACCCUGCAUAUAGAUCUUGAGCUGGUUUCUUGGAAGACCGUGACACUUAUUGGAGAUCGCAAGAGGAUCUUGAAGAAAGUACUCAAGGAAGGAGAAGGCUAUGAGCGCCCUAAUGAUGGAGCUGUAGUGAGAGUGAGGCUUAUUGGCAAGUUGGAGGAUGGCACUGUCUUUGUAAAGAAAGGGCAUGAUGGUGAAGAGCCAUUUGAGUUCAAGACAGAUGAGGAGCAGGUUAUUGAAGGUCUGGACAUUACUGUGGUUAAUAUGAAGAAAGGAGAGGUUGCAUUGGCAAGAAUUCCACCUGAACAUGCAUUUGGGUCUGCUGAAACAAAGCAAGAUCUUGCUGUGGUUCCUCCAAACUCCACCGUGUUCUAUGAAGUGGAGCUUGUUUCCUUCGAGAAGGACAAAGAAUCAUGGGAUUUAAAGAGCAAUGCUGAGAAGAUUGAGGCAGCUGCCAAGAAGAAAGAUGAAGGCAAUGCCUGGUUUAAGAUGGGAAAGUAUGCCAAGGCCUCCAAGAGAUAUGAGAAGGCUGCAAAGUACAUCGAGUAUGACAGCUCCUUCAGCGAGGAUGAGAAGAAGCAAUCUAAAGCUCUGAAGAUCAGUUGCAAGCUCAACAACGCGGCGUGCAAGCUGAAGCUGAAAGAGUACAGAGAAGCAGAGAAACUCUGCACAAAGGUUCUGGAACUUGAGAGCACCAAUGUUAAGGCCCUGUACAGAAGGGCGCAAGCAUACAUCGAACUUGUAGACCUGGAGCUGGCAGAGCUGGAUGUAAAGAAAGCGCUGGAAUUUGACCCUGACAAUAGGGACGUGAAGCUGGUGUACAAGACCCUGAAGGAGAAGAUGAGAGAGUACAACAGGCGGGACGCCAAGUUCUACGGCAACAUGUUUGCGAAAUGGAGGAAGCUGGAACACAUGGACACCAAGAAGGUGCCUGGGAAGCAGGAGCCCCAGCCGAUGGCCAUCGACAGCGCUGCGUGAAAGCGCCGAGUCUAGGCGAUCGCUUUUGAGCCGUGGGUCUACGGUCACCGGUGUUGCCUGUCGCGUGUAUUGUUUUCCUGCGGCGGUGCGCCCAAAUCUGUACUCAGCUGCGUGCGUGAUAUUACUGUGGUGGUGUACGAACUGUGGUAGAGCGAGUAAUACUAUCAGGCUUCUGCGGUGCACGGGACAUGCUUUCUUAUGCUGUGGCAAAAGAAAAUUGACGAUGGGAUGUGUUCUCUAGUUCUA